UUGUUAGUAAUAGUGACAACUACUACAUCACAAGAGCCUAGUAAGUUCCAAUGCAGUUUCUCAAUUCCAUUAGGUUUUUUGUUGUUAAUACAGAUUCCAAGGCCUGGGGGUCAGAGUCAGCGAGCGGGGCGGGGCCUUCCUUGAUUUCUAUACUUGCAACCCCGCGGGUUUGACGAGCGGUGAAGAUCCCUCCUCCCUAGGAAACCACCUCCGAGAGUUAGAUGCGCUGGCCCCAGGCUGCGCCCCCAGGACACCGCCGCGCCAGCAGCAGCCCAGGUCACCUCCCCCGGAGGCGCACCCCACUGUCAGGUUCCGGGAGCGCGCGUGUGCGCGGGGCGCUGCUGCCGCGCAGCGCGGGCAGGAGCGGCGCGCCCCUCCGGCGUGUUGAAAUUCAAAUGAGGCGAACUCCCUCCACGCGGCGCCGGCAGGGAGGUCGAGGCUGGGGUGAAGUGGAGGAGGGACGCGCUCCCAGGCCAAGCAGGUCCGAGGUACCCUGGGCGGGGUCGAACCCGCGGCCAAUGUGAGCAGUGGAGGCUUAAAGAGCUCCGGUGGUCCCCGCCUCUUGCCGCACGAUGGCCACCGAACAGUGGUUUGUGGGGCCGCUCCCCGCGGGCUCUGGGGAAACGCCGCCCCUGGACGACUUGGAAUCUGGGGCACAGCCCUGCGAAGACCCCUCGUGGUCGCCUCCUCCUGGCGGACCUGGGAACCCACCCGAGGCGGAGCCCGAGAACGGUGUUCAGGGACAGCUGCCCCAGGCCUCCACCUCUACGCCUUCCCCGGAGCGUCUGGCCCCAGGCCCCCGGCCCACCCCUCCUCGCCUGCCAUUGGACACCAUGUUCAGCCCCAUCACCGAGCAGCUCUGCUACCUGCUUAAGAAGGCAGAUGAUUUCCAGAGCUACUUGCUCUACAGCAGGGACCGAGUGCAGAAGGAACAGUUGGCAAAGGCCAUGCCCACCUUCUUGCGGAUGUGUGAGCCCUACUUCCUGUACCUGGAGGCAGCUGCUCGGAGCGUGCCCCCUGUCUAUGGAGCCCUGCAGGAGCUGAUCCGAAAGGGGCUACUGGAGAUCUCCCAACAACUCACUCUUCGCCUGGAACAGCUGGUCCUAAUGUAUGCCUCAUUUGGGUUCGUGAACUUGGAGGAGACUGACCCCCUAAGCAUCUCCUGUUUCUUCUGUGGGAGGUUCUCCAUCAGUCCUUCCCAUGAAGUGUCCAUCUUCAGAUACUGUGCCCCUGCCGCCUACACCGCCAGCCACUUCCCCCGAUACCUCUAUAAGAAGAUGCGCUGGAACCUGGAAACCACCCCAGAGCCCAGCAGCCGGGAGCAAGAUUCCCAUGUGGAUUACUACUUCCUAUGCUAUAGAGAUACAUGGGAAGACACAGGCAAGAGUCCGGCCAAUUCCUGCCCCCAGAUUCAGAAGCUGUGGUCCAUCGGCCGAUGGGUGCCCCUAGGACCAGCCGAGGAUGACCUUUAUUCAUGGAUUUUGUGCCCGCAGCCGCCUGGGGACUACCAGCAGCUGCUGACCAUCGGCUUCGAGGAGCCGUCGCACAUGCUGGCCACCGACCUGCUGGUGCAGAUCCUCACGGGCCAGGCAGGCAUGGCUCGGCCCCCGAGCGCCGCCGGGCCCGCGGCGUGGGCCGCGCAGGAGUCUUGAACCUGGAGAGAGGGUGGGAGCUGGAGCUUGACAGUUCCAAACUCCAGAAGAUGGGGUAGGGGAGGGGCUCACUUGUUAUCCUAGUGCGGCUCGGCCUGCCUUCCAAGGGGCCAGGUCGAGCUGGCCCGUCCGCACUGGAACCGGCCCGGCCG